CCCGAAGUGGGAUGGAGCGCUCGCGGCGGUACAUCCUGGGAGAGAGAUACCAGAGUCACCGGAGGGAACCAGGAGAAGGCCACAGAGAGCAUUUGGACAGGGGAGAAGGGUAAUGAGAUGCAAUCGUGAGACACUAAGAGAGACCCUUGAUCAACGGGUUCAACGAGAAAAGUGACAAGGAGGAGAGGAUCCCACGGAGCAGGAGAGAGCCCCAGAGUUGAGUAUUGCGGCCGCCAGGGAAUCCCACAGAUGGUGAUGGAAAGACCUGGUAGUACCAACGCGCCAGCUUUAAAAAGGCAGAAUGAGUCCUCUAGUCCUUCCUCCCACAAUUUGGUUACCUGAAGGUUUACACCAAGGUCAGAGGUCACACCUGCAACCCCCUCCACUCCCACCCCCAGGUCUGUCUUGCCUGAAGCUACGAUCCUCAGGUCCCUCCGAAUCCGCCGCCACCAUAGAGACGACGCACUGACGCAAGGCCUCUGGGCGUGGCCUGUGGCUGGAAUGGGCGGCGUGCGGCGCAGUUGCCGAGGCAACCGUGGACCGUGCCUGAGACCCUCGGGGCUGCUGGUUGCCGAGGCGACCGUUGGGCCGCAAUCGCGGAGGCUGCAGCAAUGGAGGGUCCUGGAGGCAGCUGAAACACGGCGUUGGAGCGACUGUCGUGACAAUGUCACACGAAGGCUCGAGGCAGGUGCGAGACCGUGGGGUGACCCGCUCCAAGGCUGAAAAAGCUCGGCCACCCACCCAGCCAGUUCCGCAGGUGGACAUCGUGCCUGGGCGGCUCAAUGAGGCAGAAUGGAUUGCGUUUAUGUCCCUGGAGGAGGGCGAGGACGUAGUAGGUGACAUCUUGGCCGACCUUCUGACUCGAGUCAUGGAGUGUGCCUUCAAAGUCUACCUGACCCAGCAGUGCGUCCCGUUCACCAUUAGCCAGGCCCGAGAGGCCAUGCUACAGAUCACUGAGUGGCGUUUCCUGGCCCGGGAUGAGGGAGAAUCUGCAGUGGCGGAGGACCCCACAUGGGGCGAGGACGAGGAGCCCCUGGCAUGCACCACGGAUGCCUGGGCCCAGGGCUCCGUGCCUGUCCUGCACGCACCGGCACCCGUUGGUGUAGAGGAGCACUUCCAAGGCGAAGAACCUGGGAACUCGGACCGGUUCCUUUUAGGUUCACCGUGGUUGGACAGAGACUCCCAGGAGCCAACAGCAUCUUCACAGCCUUCUGCCGAGACAAGAGUCAUCCCAGGACUCACGCCCACCUUGGAGGAGUUUCAGGAAGCUGAGCCCCAGGACGACUUCGAAGAACCCGAUGGCCAGGAGCAAAGCGACGUCUUGGUCACGUCUUUAAAGGAACCUAGCCACAUCUUGACCGGGCCGUCGAAGCAGUCUUCACCACCUUCAGCCCACAGCCCCCAACUUUCCCUGGAUCUGCCCCAUGUAGUCAGCCUCCAGAUCUCUGAGAAGGGAUCAUCAUCCCUCAGCUCCCAUCUGUCCCUCGAGGAUCUUUACAACGGCUUGCCUCAGCCAGACGCUGCAGGGGACCGGCUGAAACGGGAAAGCAAGGGCACGCCCCGCGCCCCCUCGGUCGGGUCUGUGUCCCUCCUCAGUGCGCUCACCCUAGAAAGGCCCUCCUGGUCGCAGCUGCCUGAAUGCUUGGAUUCGCCGCAAACCCGCAAGAUGCCCAUGGUGCGUCUGGAUCCCGCGCGGUUGCCCCGUCGCUGGGUGCGCCCUGUGGCCGAGGUCCUGAUCCCAGAAACCGAAACGCGCCCUUUGGAAAUAUACCGCGGGCGCCCGCGGGGUGAAAAGAGCCAAGCUGGGGCCCGAACCCCAGCAAGCCGGUCCCAAGCCCUCGGCUUGCACGCGCCCCCCAAACUCCAGGCCUCUCCCUUAAAGUUCCCUCUCCCUUGUAAUGCUCCAUUCCGUGCUUUGGGCCCGGAUCCUACUUUAAACUUGGCCCAAUCCGCACCAACCUUCGGAUCAAAGUUGCCGUUCCUCAGCCCAGGGUUCCGCUUCCUCCCCACAAAACCAGGCCCUCCCGAAGUCUCCAGCAGUCCCAGUCCCAAAUUAUGGCCUCGAGCUAAGUGGCCGAGUGGUUGGGAGAGGGAGGCUGAGCAGCUAGGCGAGCUGUGGGGGGGUCGUACUCGCGUGCCUCCACAGGGCCAGGAACCUGCUGCUGACGACGCCUCGGACGACUCUGGAUGGCCCCUAGCGGCGCCCCAGGUCCUCGAGGCCACGUCCCAGGUUCUGUGGAAGCCCAUGGUUCUUUCAGAGACCAUGAAGCUGGUUCCUGGUGUGAGUAUGUGGAACCGGGGUACCCAGGAGUUGCUCAGCCCUGAUGCCAUCCUGGAGGAGGCUGAAGGAGGCACCUCCAAUGGGGCUGAGCAGCAACCCAUCCAGACAGGUGUGUCCAAGCCCCAGGUGAUUAUGGCACAGCUAAUAAGGAAGGAAACCCCCAAAGCCUGGCUGCUCCCAGCCAAGCCUGUGCCCCACUCUGGGAAUUGAACCCUGCCCAAAAUAAACAUGUGUUGCCGC